AUGAAAGGAGGAACCCUUGAAGUACUUCUGGUUGAUGCUGAAGACAUUAGGCACACAAAUCUUCUUGGUAGACCAUCCUACUACGUGAUCAUAAAGUGUGGAAACCAAGAAUACAGAAGCAAGCAAUCAUCAGAUGAAGAUGAAAGAGUUAGCUGGAAUGAAAAAUUCACGUUUGAAUUCCCCUUAUCAAAUUGGAAAAAGUUGACUCAUCUCAAACUCAGAAUUAUGGACACUGAAUUAUUCACAGAUGGUGGAUUUGUUGGUGAAACCAUGAUUCAUCUUGGUGGGAUAGUUACUGAGGGAAAGGACAGAGGAUUUAUUGAAUUAAAACCAGCUCCAUACAAUGUGGUGCUUGAAGAUGACACCUAUAAAGGAGAGAUAAAAAUUGGAUUUCGAUUUACUGCAAAUAAAGAAUCUCAUGUGGUAGAGACAAGGGAAUUCUCGGCAGAUGACAAGACUAAACCAAGAGGAUCAAUCUGUAGGAGCAUUGCCAACUUCUGGAGAAUUUUAUGGUGGAGGUUCUUGUUUUGUCACAGAACGGAUUCUAAAAAUAAGUAG